UGCGCCGUUAGUCGGCAGUGGGAACGUAAACAUGGCCGCGGAUAGUGGUGACGGUUUGCCAAUAUCCCCGUCUGAGAAAUCGCUCACCGGUAGCCUCGCGUCUGAUGAAAACGAUAAAAGUGUCUCGCGAUCGCCGUCGAGUUAUUCCAUACGGGAGGAUAAAUGGCCCGACCUCGUUGUAUCCAGACCUAGGAAGCUGGACGCCUGGUGGUUGCCGAGACGUAUCCCUGACUGGUCUGAAAUUGCGGCCGCCGGGCGAUCACGGUGGUGUACAUCACGGCGGGGUCAUGUUGGAGGAAGAUAUGGCUGGUGCUCAGGACACAAUAUAUCUGUGCAAUUUUCGAGUGUCGGUAGAUGGCGAGUGGCUCUGUUUAAAGGAGCUACAGGAUGUCGAAUUCUCACUCCAAGAUUCGAUGCAGCGGUCACCCUCACCACCGCUCGCUCUCAGUGGUAUUAAUCAUCAUCACGCUCACAAUCAUCACCAUCAUCAUCAACAGCUUCCCGAACAGCGAGAGCUUCGCGAUAUUAUGCCACCAAGUCCACCGCCAUUGCAGCACGUCUCCAGCUUGUCACGUGAUCCGGUCAUCAUCGAGAGGAGUAAUCUCGUUAACAUUUCAAAACUAAUCGUCAAGGAGCUGAUCGAAACAUCUUUGAAAUAUGGUCGUAUGCUCGAUUCCGAUCAUAUGCCAUUGCAACAUUUCUUCAUCGUUCUUGAACAUGUGCUUAGGCAUGGUUUACGACCAAAGAAGGGUCUUCUUGGACCCAAAAAAGAGUUGUGGGAUAUUCUUCAGCUCGUAGAGAAAUAUUGUCCUGAAGCACAAGAUAUUACGUCCAGCAUUCGUGAUUUACCUACUGUUAGGACGGCUAUGGGUAGGGCGCGUGCUUGGCUGCGCAUGGCAUUGAUGCAAAAGAAAUUAGCAGAUUAUCUCAAAGUUCUGAUAGAUCACAAAGAUGAUAUUUUGUCCGAAUACUUUGAACCAGAUGCUUUGAUGAUGAGCGAAGAGGCGAUUGUAGUCAUGGGUUUGUUAGUGGGAUUAAAUGUGAUCGAUUGCAACUUCUGCGUAAAGGAAGAAGACCUCGAUUGUCAGCAGGGCGUAAUCGACUUUUCAUUAUAUUUGCGCAAUAGUAAUCAUAUACCUGGCGAAUCGCCAGACGACGAACUCGAAAACGACAAUAUGACCACAGUUCUUGACCAAAAAAAUUAUAUCGAGGAGCUUAAUCGACAUUUAAAUGCAACGGUAACGAAUCUUCAAGCCAAAGUAGAAUCUUUGACGACAACGAACGCUCUUAUGAAAGAAGAUCUUGCUAUUGCAAAGAAUAAUAUUUUAUCGCUUCAAGAUGAAAACAGACAGCUAAAGAAGGAACUUGGUAUCGAAGUUAAAGAUGCAAAUGAGAAUGGAAAGGUACCUCUUAAAAUAACAGAAACUACUGCUGAAAUCGAAGAGCUUAGAUGCAGAAUAGAAUCUGAGAAGAAAUCCCGGCAAGAUUUAGAGAAAGAGCUGGAAUUGCAGAUUAGCAUGAAAUCCGAAAUGGAAGUAGCUAUGAAGUUAUUAGAGAAGGAUAUACAUGAGAAACAGGAUACUAUUAUAUCUUUAAGGCGACAGCUGGAGGAUAUCAAAUUAAUCAACUUGGAAAUGUACAAAAAGCUGCAGGAGUGUGAACAUGAGCUGACACAGAAGGGCGAGAUGGUGAGCCGUCUUCACGCGAAGACCAAUCAGAUUGGCAAGAUUCUCAACAACCUUGAGAAGUAUAAUUAUUUGAUGAAGGAUAGCGAUGGUAUACGAAGUCCCACCACUCCGGGUGGCGUAUCAAAAUCUAUUCUUAAUAAGGCUAGUCCCACUUCCCCAAGGGAUUGCCCACCCGCGGAGAGUGCGACCGCCCGGCCGACGGUCGAUCAUCAGCGCUCUCUUGACGAGCAGCCGGCGACAGCCUCUAAUGACAAAUUGAAACAGAGUCGUUCUACCUCCGAGAUUUCCACGAAUAGUUCAACGACCGAGCGAGUUGCGAAAGAAUAGAGAGACAGCCUACCCUUACACGAUUAAUUCCACAGCGGAUCUUGACACUUCAGAUAUCGCGGCUAUUCAGCGCUGCACGCGAGGCGUACAUUUUUUAUACGUGCCCUACAGAGUCGUGCAAAAUUGCUUUGCCAGAUUUCCACCUGUGUUUCGCGCAUAGCAUACUGUCGUGCACAUUUAUUCAAUGCCACUUUUGAUGAUUAAUUGACGUUACGUUAACAAAUUAUACGUAAUUACUAUGAUGUAACGAAAUGAUUUAGCAGUCUUUUCUAAAAAUCGAAUAGCCGACACUUUAAUCUUAUACGGACUUUUACUUUCAAGAUAGUAACUCUUGUAGAAGUUUCUAAAAUAUUGCAUUUUGAAGUAUAUGUGUGCACUCAUAGAAAUAGUUGAUAAUUUGCCAAUUGAUAAUUUGUUAAUUAAUUUUGAUCACGAGUGUACGGAGCGUCUUGAAAAAUUUGUUUGCAAUGAUAAUGUGAAAGCGAAAGGACAAUAUUCCGUAAUAGUCAAACAAAAUGUAAUACAAAUUAUUUAUUUACUCUACUGUAAUAAAAUAUUUAUUAAAGAUUGUAAAUUAUAAAUUCGAAAUCUAAUAUUUUCAAAAUAAAUUUAUUACCGGCCUAUCAUCCAUGUGAGACGCAAAACCAAUUUCAUUUAUAGGAUUAGAAGUUUUAAAAAUUUGGAUAUUCCAUGUGGCAUUUCAUUACAUCAUACUUGAGAAAAUAUCACACAUUAUACGACAAAUUACAAAUUUUAAGAAAAUGUGAUUUUCUUAAACUCAUUAUCACACGUCUAAUUAUUAUUGAAAUGUUUUACGGUUUCCAACUCAAUAUGCAUCAUGUUGCUAUUCUAGGUUUACUUAGAAAUUCGGGCAAGCAUCCCUUUCUCUUUCGCCUGUACUCAAUAAAUAUUUAUUUCAGGAAUGCGAAGGCUCACUUAAGCAUAAGACAGAACUGAUUACAAAGCUGGAAGCUAAAACACUGUCGAUGAGCGAGACCAUCCAGAAAAUGGAUGAGAAGUAUGUUUUAUUUGUCUUUCAUUAGUAUUAAUUAACUUAUAAGUGCAAUUCGAUCACGCGCAUACUCGGGAUUAAAAGUAGCGCGCGCGUAAUUUUUAAUAUAAUAACUACACACAUCAAAAAAUGUUUUGCGUUUUAUUAUCUUGCGUUUUUAUAUUGAUACAGGAAUUAACACUUUUUUUCCGCUAAACGUCUUAUCUGAUCAAUUACUAAGGUGUAUUGUUAUGCUAGCUUCCCGUAAAGUAAUAUCAUGAAUUUCUAAUGUACGAUACCUAUGUAUAUGAUGAGUGUUGUGAUGGGGCUAGUUUAAUCAAUAUUGCUUUAUCUAAUGACGUAAUAAUGUCAUCGACAUUUUUCGUGCAAGAAUGCAAGCGUGCAAGAAUAAUAAAAAUGUAAUAUAUUUUUAUUGUUAUCAGAAACUUAACAAAAGCUUACUUUCAUUUGCAAAAUAGUGUACUUUAGAAAACGGUCCUACACUUUCUCUGUAAAUAAAUUAUUAUUUACUUUACAGAAUAUUUAAUUUUCAUCGCGUGUAAUUUUGUAUCUCUAGUAUAUCGAAAAUUCAAACUACGCAAAACUUUUUUGAUGCAUGUAUAUUUUAAUAUUUUAAGAUAUUUCAUUGCUCCAUUUUCUAUACGAGAUAACAAGUGAAAUAGCUGGUUACUGUUUGAUAAUGUAUUCUAUUUUUCCUAAGGACGAAAAUUCUAUGGUAUAAAAUUCUGGAAAUUUUUCUUUUGUAAAUAUGUUUUGUUUAUGAAAAUAAAUUUUUAGCACAUGACAUUGUUUCGAGGAGAAGUCUUCUGAUUUUUGGUGUCUUUGUUAACUUGUCCAUACAUGAAGUAAAUAGCUACCCAUUCGAUAUUAGAAUAAGCCGUUUUGAUGGCAUUAUUUUAACUAUGGAAAGUUUAAAUACAUAUCAAUUUAUGUAAAUCCAAUGUCAGGACGACAUACUCUACUACAUUAUUUACCUUUAUGAGAAAAAAUGUCGACAAUGCUCGUUAUUUUACGUGUGACAGGUAUUCAUGAAAAAUUUCAAUGUAAAGCGGUAAAUGUUUAUAUCUCGGAAAGGAAAAAUUUCCAGAUUUAUGUUUAUCAUAUAGCUUUUUUUUAUUCUUGGAGAAAAUAAAAUACUAAAUUGAGAUCACUUAUUUCAGUGUCAUUCUGUAUAGAUUUAAAAUUUAACGUAAAAGAAUGUAGUCUUCUAAUUAUAUGGAAGGUUACAUUUAUUAUUCUGAAAAUACGAAAAAUGGGCUAAUGUUCGUAUAUCUUAUACGCUUCAAAAUUUUAGUUGAAUCAUUGUGAUCAAUAUUGUUCAGCAAAAUGUGAGACAUUUGAGAUGCGUGAGAACUCGACCAUUAUUUUCCAUCAAACUUGUCGCGUGAUGUUAGUAUUUCUUAAAAAAGCGUCGAGAAUGUCUCUAUUACUGAACUAUUUUAGCAGGCAUUAUUUAUGUACAAAUAUAGUUGUUGUGAUAAGAUUUUCCCAUCAGCUGUCGUUAUACGGAAUUUUGGUAUGCGAAAGACCAUACCAGCCAACAUUUAAAUAAAGCACGCACGCAAAUAAGUGGACAGCUCUAGCUAGAGAUGACUUAUUUUUUACUUAGAUGUCGCAAAUGCGCGAUUUAUAAUAGAUAACUCGCGAAGCUCUAGGAUUAAACCAAAUCUUAUCGUGUCACGGAGAUAUUGGUAAAUUACACUAAAUGGCUAUUUCACGAAUAGUUAUAUCAAUAUGUAGUUGUUAAUAUUGAUAAGACAUAUUUUAAAGUCUUUUGCAAUAAUCGAUAAAUUUCUACAUUAUCACAUAACUGUACUAAUAAAAUUUAUUAAUGCUAUCGCGAAGACGGAAAAGAAUAAUAUCGAACAUCUACUCAUUCAUUUCAUUUUUAUCAUUUCUUCAUACUUGUGAUCUCCAGAUGAACGAAAAUUAAUUUCUCAUUAUCGAAGAAUUUUCGUCUGAUAUUAUUUCAAGGGAAGAUAUCAAUUUUCGUAUUUUUCUUCGUACAUUUAAAUUAAAACUCGCUUUCAUUCAUGAAAAUCGCGUUUAAGGAACUGAUUCGCGAUCACUCUUUACCGAAUCAUUCCUUCUUCAUUAAACGUUGACACAGGAAAAUAGCUUUCAAGUAAAUUACUACAUUGUUGAUAUCUGUAGUCGAUAUAUUUAUCCAUGCAAGACAUUUUUUUCUGAGAUAAUAGCGUUACUUCCUUAUUGGAAGUAAAAGGUUCGAUGGUGAUUAAUUAAACGUGCCAUAUCCAUAUUACUGAUAUAUUUACGUACUUGUAUAAGCCUGGCGCAGUGGAAAUUAUAACGCACUCAAACACUACGUGCUUGUACCAACACUACGAAAAUAAAUUUAUGACAGAACAGA